CUAAGAGCAAAGGUAAAAAGGGACAUAAUUAGUAUAAAUUAUGCUCUAUUCCAGCCUGUUAUUUCCUACUUUUUAGAUUUUUAAAUGUUUUGCAGUUGUUUUGUUAGCAAUCUACGUUUAAGACGAGUUCGUUACUUUUUCUUUGUUCGUCCUACGUUUUGCAGUUGUUGAAUUGGGUAAAUAAAGAAAAUUAAGUAUUUGGUAUUAUCGAACGAAGAUGACAACUCCUCUAAACAAAGAGGCAAAUUUGGGAAAUCCUAAAGAGCUAUAUGAUAUUCUAAAAUUAAGAUACGAUUGCACUCAAGAUGGGAUCAAGAAGGCCUACAGACAGCUUGCUUUUAAGUAUCAUCCCAAUAGAAAUCCUAAUAAUCUAGCUGCUACAGAGAUGUUUAAGGAAAUUAACUACGCUCACUCAAUUCUAUCUGAUGCUAAAACAAAAGAAAUUUAUGAUAGAUACGGACAAACUGGUCUUCAAGUUGCCAACCAAUUUGGAGAAGAUAACGUUAACGCUUAUCUUUUCAUAAGUUAUACGAAAAUUAUGCCUCGAUGCAAAUUUGUCUCUUGCGGUCUUGUUAUGCUGCAGUACUUCGGUAGAAAUCGUUUUUGUUCUUGUAACUUUUGCUGCCGACAAUAUAAACUAGAAUCCUUCCUCAACAGGGAUUCAAGAGAUUACGAGUCAAGCAGCGAUUCUGAUUCCUGGUGCGAAUCACUUCUUGAAGAUGAUGAAGUGAAUUAUGAUUUCAGUAAUCUUCGUCUUUCAUUUCAUAAAGAUAAGCACUGA